AUGGGAGGUUCCAAAGAUAAUGAUAACAACUCCUCCUCUCCAAGGCCAAAAAGACAUCUUUUUAAGAUAUGUUAUUGCAAAUAUUGUGGUAGGAGAUUCCUAAACUGGCAAGCAUUAGGCGGCCAUCAAAAUGCUCAUAAAAAGGAGAGACAAGAAGCAAAGAAUCACAAACAAGAAAUGAGUUCAAUGAUGAUGAUAGGGAGUUUUGGGUUGCCAUUGACGGCCGCCUGCUCCUUUGCUCAGCCCCACGGUGUUGCGCACCACCAGAUCAUUGCCGGACAACCCAUAUUUUCCGGCAGUCUCAUAAUCAGCAGCAGCAGCAGUAGUACUCACCCUGUUAUCAACUACUGGCCAGGGAGUUAUCGUCUGGAUGAGGGCUCAGUGUAUCCCUAUGCGGCUGCAGCAAGGAUCACCAACCAAGUUCAAGGUGAUAUUAACUAUGGUGCAGUGCAGCAGCUUGAGAAAGGUAGUAGCCCAAAAGAGUUAAGGCCCUUAAGGGUACCUGACCUUAACUUAGACCCCCCUCUUUGA